AUGGAACCAGAACGAGCUCCCAGGAAGAUGAGAUUCAUACCAAAAGCUCCCCGCAGAGUGCCAAAGCCUGAAGUCAAAACCGAAGUGGACCAUGGGGCGGAGUCUGAUGCUGAAAAGGCUAAGGAAUUGCUGAAACGCUUCAAUGAACAAUCAUCAAGGGCGAGGCUCAAAGUUGAAAAGAAAGUGGUGCCUACGCAAAUUGUAUUUGGUUAUGGUGGUGCAUCAACAACCAUGAAAUCAUAUGGUGCUCCCAAGGGUGGGAGCGCUAGUUCAGCCACCAAUGCUGGUGCCUCAGGCUUGAAAGAGGAGAAAGAAUACAGUUCACCAUGGGAUCAAUACAGUUAUUACCCUGUAACUCUUCCUCUGAGACCACCAUAUUCUGGAAAUCCUGAAAUUCGUAAUGAGGAAGAAUUUGGGGAGGGUUCAGAGGAAUCAACUUAUGAUGAAAAUUCAACAACACCAGCAAAUGAUCUUGGGCUGUUGGAGGAAAAUAAAGCAACAAGUAUGUUCUUUCUUCAGUUACCGCCAAAUAUGCCUACAAUAAAACGAUCAGCUACAGCAGAUAGCCAAGAGGUAACAAAAAGCUCAGGGCCACCUGGAGGUGCAUGCAAUAUUCAGAAGCCUUGUUCUUUGUCCGAGUUACCAGCUGGCUUCAUGGGUAAGAUGCUGGUGUACAGGAGUGGUGCUGUCAAGAUGAAGAUGGGAAAUAGCCUUUUUGAUGUCUCCCCAGGAAUGAAUUGCGAUUUCGCCCAGGAUGUUGUGGUUGUUAAUAAAGCAGAGAAAGGCUGUGGCAUUAUCGGGGAGCUGAACAAGCGAGCCAUAAUAACCCCAGAUGUAGACUCCAUUUUAGCAAGUGUAGAUGGUUUAUGA